UAAUCCUCGUGAUUAUCUUCUUAUUGGCUAGGUUAUAACUCCUGUGGGCUAUAAAUAUAAAAGCCACACUGCUUUAGGAUUUCACAUACACAUAACAAUUCAAUUCUUCCUCUUCAUUUUGUCUAUUGUUUCUAUAGAUAAAAAAGCAAAAUUGUUAGUUUUUUUAAAAUGAAAAAGAUCAAUGGUCGGUAAAGGGAAAAACCUUGGUUCAAAUGCUAAAAGGAGAUCUCGUAGCAGCAAAGCAGGUCUCAAAUUUCCAGUGGCUCGUAUUGCCCGAUUCCUCAAAGUCGGGAAAUAUGCCAAAUGUGUUGGUGCCGGAGCACCGGUAUUCCUCGCUGCUGUGCUUGAGUACCUUGCAGUUGAGGUUCUUGAAUUGGCUGUAAUUGCAGCGAGGAAUGACAAAAAGAUUCGUAUCACUCCAAGGCAUAUUUAA